UUUUUUAUUUAUUUAUAUUUUUACUGUAUCGCGAGAAUUAAACGUUUAAAGCCGCUGCAUUUUGUAUUCGCUCCCGAAUUUAGUAGAGUGGCAUAAAUGAGCGAAUCCUGCAUUUUAGCGAGUUUAGCUGCUAAAAUUAAAAAUUUGGAGGCGAGGAUGAGUCGACGAGCUUAUUUUCCCAUAAAAACGGACUUUGUAUUUACGAAUUGUUAGAAAUUUUCUCAUCUGAAAAGAUUGUUUCUAUACUAAAUACAUCGGUUUAUUGAAUCGAGUUUUUAUAUAUCAAAUGGUGAUUGAGAGUGGCAUCCCUAAAUUCUCUAAUAGAGAUGAGGCAGAUCGGAUAAUUUAUAAAUUUUUGUCGGUUCUCGCGACAUUAGCCCCCUUUCUAUCGAAUUUUUAUUUUCAUGCGAGCCAGAUAGCGGUACAGCUGUUUCGAGAGUCGAGUCUCCCGAUUUUUCCUGGUUGGGAGGUCGAAGUGAAUCAACUCACGUGACGCUUGACGUCAGGCGAAGAGGCGGAUAUUUACACCAUGAGUUGUCAUUUCUUUGCUGCAGUCUCGUAUGGCUGGCAGGUAGUCCGGCGAAACGGCCUCGUUCGCUUCGUAUAAUAUCCAUUAACAUUCUUAAUUCUCUGUCCGUGUUUGUCGUCACCAGUCUCGACCCGUAAGAAUCUUAUGGAAAAAAUGCAUCAAUCGAACUACCUGAAUGUAAAUUAAUAAAAAAGAAAUGAACAAUUAGAAAAUUUUAGUUUAUAAAUUUUGAGGGAUGUUCCAUGGCUGACCCAUUUAUUACUGCUGUUGAAUUAACAGUAUGUCUUCCAUUUAUAAUGAAACUCAACCUUUAUUAGAGAGCACAAUGGCAAAAGGGUUAAACUGGAAGGAUGUGGAUCAGGACGGCCAUCUAUCAGACGUUCAAAUCAAUGUGGACAUACACCACAAUGGAUUAAGCCGCAGAGAGAAAAAUGGAGAUGUCCUUGAACUGACGUCACCAAAAGAGGAGCCAAAUUUUCGCCCGGAAAAAUGGAAGACGCUAGUGGCAUUUGCAUUUCUUUCAGCCAAUCUCAUCUUUAACUUGAUGUGUUUAUCCAUUGUUCAUGAGAGAGUUCCAGACAGAACAAAAUAUCCCCCAUUACCAGAUAUAUUCUUUGAUUACUUUCCUCCUGCUGACUGGGCAUUAGAUGUAUCUGAAAUUAUUAUAAUGAUAGCUACAUGGAGCACUCUAAUAUUAAUCUUUUUUCAUCGUCACAGAUUUAUUAUAUUAAGAAGAGUUUUUGUUAUAAUUGGAUUGUUAUAUUUUAUGCGUGGUAUAACAAUGUUUGUCACUCAGGUGCCAAUUGCAAGCACUACCUAUUUCUGUUCUCCCAAGGCCAAUUCUACAAAUCCUCUGUUAAUAGGAAAACGUGUUUUACAAUUGAUGAGUGGUUUUGGUUUGUCAAUUAAUGGGCAGCAUAUCUUUUGUGGUGAUUACAUUUAUAGUGGUCAUACAGUAAUUUUAACAAUGGCUUAUCUUAUAUUUCAAGAAUAUGGUCCUCGAAAAUAUUUUAUAUUACCUUGUAUAGUGUGGCUGGCAAGCGCAGUCGGAAUAUUUAUGGUCCUGCUUUCUCGAGGUCAUUACACCGUGGAUGUCGUCAUUGCAUAUUAUGUCACAACAAGAGUAUUUUGGAUAUAUCAUACAAUGGCCAAUAAUCCAUCUUUAAAAACUAGUGGAGACAACAAUUUCCUAGCCAAUGUGUGGUGGUUUCCUCUAUUUUCAUAUUUUGAGAAAAAUGUCAACAGUCCCGUUCCAUGCCGACACGAGUGGCCUCUUCCCUGGCCCCGGCGGUUUCUUCGGCACACGCGAAUUUCCUAGCAGGGUUCAAUAUGUGGUUAGCGAGGACAUUUGCGAAGUGCUGCACCUGGCCACACUGUUGUGACUCUAUCGUGCAAACGGGAUACGCCUACUACAAAAAGGAUAUUUCAUCCGUAGAGUGAAUCUUUCCACCAAAAUCUUUGGGGUUGACCACGUCGAACAAUACGUCGGUGCUCGAGAAAGACAGUUCUUGUUUAUUUUUUUUAAAUUUUUGUUUUCUUAAUAACAGGUCAGCCGUGACCCGUCCCGAUCUCAGAAUUUACUCGUUGGCGUGUGCUUAGAUCAAUUCCUCUACUCCUCAGGUGUCUCGAGAACCGUUACGAGUUCGUCUAAGUGAAAAAUGUUAAGUGAAAACUCGACGUACACACACAUACGAGCACACACACACACAAAGAAAAAUAUAAAAAAAUAAAUAAUAAAAAAGAUUAUUCUAUUACUUAAUUUAGAAUCUAGAAUGGUAUUUUUCUAAUCGCCGUUUUUUAUUUCUAAACUUUGUAUUUUCGUGAAAGCCAUAGAUUUUGUUCUUAAAAAAAAAAAAAAGUGAAAAAUGCGCCCGUCUUCAUUGGAUAAACACGCGAACGUUGGAAGUAAAUUCAUCGUCGCUUACGAAAAUAAAAAUCAAAAUGUUUGCAGAACUUUUUUUCGUAUCUCUCGACGUUCCGCUGGCAUAAGGGGCCUCUUAACGAGGUUUUUGCAGUGUUAAAAUUACAUAUUCCACAUUGUUUUCCGUUCCAAACGAGAGAUUGUUGUUCGCUUUUGCCCUCCUGUGCCACGCAUCAAAAAAAGAAAACAAAAACUUAAAAUUUCGGAUCGUGUCCAUCAGUUUUCUUCCUUCGGCAGGAACACAAUUUUUUUUGUUUGUUUUUUUUUUAUUUUAUGGGGAUCAACAACCAUUUUAUUCGUUGUCUUACUUGUCUGCUCUUGGCCAAUUUUUCUCUAAGAGUGAUGGAUACAGGACCCGAAAACCCAGGUGCUGUUUUAAAGGGAUGCCAUUUGGUAACAUUUAUAAUCGAAAUUCUAGUUUAAGAAGGGAGUUCUAUCCCGGAAAAAUUCAAAAAACAUAUAAUAUUUGUGUACGUUUUAUGUAAAUAUAUAUUGUAUAUGCAACAUGAGCAAGAUGUGAUUUGUUUAAUAUAUAUUAUAUAUAUAAAAUAUCUUUACCAAGUUUUCUGUAAUUCUUCUCGGUUGGUUCUACAGAAAUUUCCCGUUGAAGCUGCGAAAAUUUUCUAGAAAAAGCAAAUUUUUCCCCGAAUUGUAGACGAUGGAAGAAAGAAAAUGGGACUAUUUUCUGUCAGUAGAUUGGAAUUAUACGUGAUGUUUUAAUGCCUUAACAGAAUGAUAACGAUUUAAAAUACACAACUGUAAUAUAUAUACACAAACACAGACACACAUACAUAUAUAUAUAUAUAUUUGUUGUCCAGAAUACAGUAUUUGGAGUCUUUGGUAAAGUUUUGUUUAAGAAAAAAAAAGAAACCAUAAUAAUAAUAAUUCUAAGCGAUGUACUUGUGUUGGAACUUUUGGAGAUUAUUGAAUUACUCGGGUGUGAUCAUCAUCAGAUGCGGGAGAAGAGAAACAAAUGUGGCUGUUUACACCACAUGCGGCUCAAUUUACGUUUCCAUUAACAGUCUACGGUAAUUAAACGCUUUGAAUUUAAAUAUAAAAAAAAAUUCGAUUGCUUUAUCUAAAAAUACAGUGGAGUGGAUUUUUUGGUCCGUUUAAAUUGCGCUCAUUCAGAAAUCUUUCAAAAAAAUUGCUGCAAUGGAGGAGGGGGAUUCUUUCGAUAGGGGCUUCCAAGAGAAAAACGAGUUAAAAAUAAAUUAAAUUGAUAAUUUUCUCGUUGAUGGUCGACGUUCUAAAAGACAUUUCUUUUUUUUUUUCAAUCGAGAUAUAUACCUAUAUAUUAUUAUUAUUACUAUGAUGAGCAGAAAUCGCGAUGAUUAUCGUGUUUAUUUUCAAUUCCAAGUUAUCUUAAAUGUGUUUUAUUGCUGUAACAGUGAAAAAUAAUAAAGAACAGUUUAUAA